AUGAGCCCAAGCAGGGCUAUGAAGUUUACCAGUGAUGGGAUCCCAAAGAAUUGGGAUGGUAAGGACUGGCAGACUUACAAGUGGGCUAUGCCGACUGUGUUUGAGGAGAACCAGCUGGAACAUGUCGUUGACGGAACGAUUACCGCCGCGAUGCUGCAAACAGCGACUGCGGAGAAACAGGAAGAGUUUGAGCUCAAACAAGUCAAGAUCAAGCGGAUGGAAACUACAGCUAAGGUCAGCUUGGUGCAGGUGAUCCCUCGAUCUGCUUACCCCACUAUGGAGUAA